AUGCAGCGGAUCGUGAAGGGGCAGAGCGACGGCGUGUGGUUGGAGAAGAAGGACAAGCAUCCCCUCAAGUGGCAUUUGUACUUCGGAGCCAUGUUUCCAUGGGUGCAGUGCUUUAAGGCGGAUGCCGUCAAUGCAGCUCAGCUUCGGGAGGGGGAGCUGGCACUGCAGAAGCUGAAGAUGCCGAACCUGGAGCAGCUCUUCAUGCCUGGUAACUCCGAGGCAGAGCAGGCCCGCCUGCAGCAGUUCCGCUUCCUCUACUGGCAGCUGGUGGGGGGCUGCCCCAUGGUCUGUGUUUGCUUGGGCUCUGCAAGCCCUUCGAAACAGCAGUCGCCCAUGCAAUCGGGCUUCUUGUCAAAUCGCCCAGGCCCAGCCUCUAAGCUGAACUUUACUGGUACUGCUUACGAGAACGGGAGCGGUGGAAGCGGGGCCUCAUCUGCGACCCCUCGUAACCACCUUCCCAAGUCAGAAGUUGCAGCGAAACCAGAGGAAGUGCAGCCUGGCGAGCAGCAGGUGGUUGGCACCGAGCCGACCGUGGUGACGCCUCUGGAACAGGCUGCCGUGGUCAUCACCCCAGACACGCGGCCACAACCCAACCUGGAGCUGCAUGUGCGGUUAAUGGACCCCGCUGCUGAGGCUGAGGCUGGCGACAGCAGCAACAGUCCCACAGCAGGUGCUGUCACAGGUGUCGUACCCCUGCACUCGAAGGAGGAGGAGGUCAGCGGCAGUGGCAGCGGCAGUGCUGGUGGUGGUCCUCCCUGUAGUGGUAGCAAUGUGGUGGAGCUGUCUCCGGUGGUAUGCGGCAAGGGCACCUUUGGUCGAGUGGUGGAAGGUACUUACCGGGGGCAACGAGUGGCAGUGAAGCUUCUGGCCAGCGACGGACCCUGGGGAUGCCCCGUCGAGGCCUUGGCCUCCAGCUUUGCGCAGGAAGUGCAGUCCACGCUUGUAGGUAGCCAGGUGCUUCAUAUCGCCAUAUCCAUUGCCAACGCACUGGCCUACCUGCACCCCACCAUCAGUCACCGGGAUCUCAAGCCUGCCAACGUGCUGCUCAACGACCCCCACAGUGACCUGCCCACAGUUAAGCUUACGGACUUUGGGCUGUCUCGGCUUCGUGUGACGGUGGCUCCAACGGAGCAUCCGGAUGUGGGCACGCCCGCCUACAUGGCACCGGAGUGCUUCGACUUGCAAAACAGACAGGUCACACAUAAAGCGGACAUAUUCGCGCUGGGUGUGCUGCUGUGGGAGAUGCUGGCCUGCAGGAGGCCCUGGCCUGGACUGAACCCGCUGGAAAUCGGCCUGAUGGUAGCGUUCAACGGUAUGCGCCUUCCCCUGAACGACCUCGUGGUCUCCAAGCGCUGCCCUCACAAGCUGGGUCGUCUGGUGCUAGCCUGCUGGGAGAUGGAUCCGGACCGACGGCCGGCGGCUGCGGAGACAGUGAAGGAGCUGGCGCUGAUCCUGCAAGGUCAGCAGCUUCAAUUCAAACAGCAGCUGGUGCAGUCCGUACUGGAUAGGACAGGACAGGAAGGCGGCGGUGGCCCUUGUUUGCAGCUACCGACUGCUCCUCGGGCUGAGUUCACUGCUGCAGCCGCUGCUGAUGCUCGGGAUGGUGAUGUUGCCCUUGUCCCGCUGGAGAACGGAUCGCGGCAGUCCAUUAUCCGGGUAUGGCUCCCGGAUAUCAGCGAGGAAGACCUUCGGGGCGAUCCCUCAUCUUCCAAUUCAUUAUCGCAAACAGGAGGAGCAGCUCGAGCAGCAGCAACAACAGUGGCCUAG